GUGCGAAGCUUCCAUGCGCAUGCGCAGCUCUCGCCUGUGUCGCUGUCCGCUGCUGUGGUGCUGUUCUAGUACUGCUGCGUGGAUCUCUUCCGAGCAGCAUCACCUAACGCAAACAUGGCGACUCGGACGAUGCAAGCGGCUCGAUGCCCAACAGAUGAGCUGUCACUGACAAACUGUGCAGUAGUGAGUGAGAAAGACCUGCAGUCUGGACAGCAUGUGACUGUGAGGACAACACCCACCUACAAGUUUGUGUUCACAGUGAAGUCUCACCACUCUGUGCUUCCUGGAACCAUCGCUUUCAGUUUGCCACAGAGGAAAUGGGCAGGCCUGUCCAUCGGACAAGAAAUAGAGGUGGCCAACUACAACUUUGACAAAUCCAAGCAGUGCAUUGGUGCCAUGACCAUUGAGAUUGACUUCCUGCAGAAGAAGAGCACCGACUGCAGUCCCUACGACUCAGACAAAAUGGCUGCUGAGUUUAUUCAGCAUUUCAACAAUCAGGGUUUCACUGUGGGGCAGCAGCUGGUCUUCAGUUUCUGUGACAAGCUCUUUGGCCUAGUUAUCAAGGACAUUGAGGCGAUGGACCCCAGCAUACUGAGGGGUGAACCAGCAUCUGGCAAAAAGCAAAAGAUUGAGACUGGUCUGUUGAUUGGAAACAGUCAAGUGAUCUUUGAAAAAUCAGAGAGCUCGUCUCUAACUCUAGUUGGCAAGGCCAAGACCAAAGAAGCCCGUCAGACGAUCAUUAACCCUGACUGGAACUUCGAGAAAAUGGGCAUCGGUGGUCUAGACAGGGAGUUCUCCGAUAUCUUCCGCAGGGCCUUCGCCUCUCGAGUUUUCCCGCCAGACAUUGUGGAACAGAUGGGUUGUAAGCAUGUGAAAGGCAUCCUGCUCUUUGGUCCUCCUGGCUGUGGUAAAACACUGAUGGCCAGGCAGAUCGGUAAGAUGCUGAACGCCAGAGAGCCAAAGAUAGUCAACGGACCAGAGAUCCUCAACAAGUACGUCGGUGAAUCUGAGGCCAACAUUAGGAAAUUGUUUGCAGAUGCUGAGGAGGAACAGAAAAGGUUGGGUGCUAACAGUGGCCUGCAUAUCAUCAUCUUUGAUGAGCUGGAUGCUAUCUGUAAGCAGCGUGGUACAGGUGCCAGCAGCACUGGUGUGCACGACACUGUGGUCAACCAGCUCCUGUCCAAGAUCGAUGGAGUGGAGCAGCUCAACAACAUCCUCGUCAUCGGCAUGACCAACAGACCUGACCUGAUAGAUGAAGCUUUGAUGAGACCUGGCCGCUUUGAAGUAAAGAUGGAAAUUGGUUUGCCGGAUGAAAAGGGCCGUCUUCAGAUCCUGAACAUUCACACAGCUAAGAUGCGCGAGUUUAACCUCCUGUGUGGUGAUGUGGAUGUUAAAGAACUGGCUGCUGAGACCAAGAACUACAGUGGAGCUGAACUGGAGGGCCUGGUCAGAGCCGCCCAGUCUACUGCCAUGAACCGCCACAUUAAGGCCACAUCUACUGUAGAGGUGGACAUGGAGCGAGCAGAGAAGCUGCAAGUCACUCGAACAGAUUUCAUGGCGUCCUUGAAUAAUGACAUUAAACCUGCUUUUGGCACCAACCAGGAAGACUAUUCCUGUUACAUCAUGAACGGCAUCAUUAAGUGGGGUGAUCCAGUGACCCGAGUGCUGGAGGACGGAGAGCUGCUGGUGCAGCAGGCAAAGAACAGCGACCGCACUCCACUCGUGUCUGUGCUUCUUGAGGGACCUCCUCACAGUGGAAAGACAGCCCUGGCUGCCAAAAUCUCAGAGGACUCGCAGUUCCCCUUCAUUAAGAUCUGCUCUCCAGACAAGAUGAUUGGCCACUCAGAGAUCACCAAAUGCCAGGCAAUCAAGAAGGUCUUUGAUGAUGCUUACAAGUCUCAGCUCAGCUGUGUUGUGGUUGAUGACAUUGAGCGUCUCUUAGAUUAUGUGCCGAUUGGUCCUCGAUUCUCCAACCUGGUUCUUCAGGCCCUGCUGGUUUUGCUGAAGAAGACUCCACCUCAUGGCCGUAAGCUGCUGAUCAUCGGCACCACCAGCCGUAAGGAUGUGCUGCAGGAGAUGGAGAUGCUGGAUGCGUUCAGCACCACCAUCCAUGUGCAGAAUAUCUCCAGUGGGGACCAUCUGGUUGAAGCUCUAGAGCUCCUGGGCAGUUUCACAGAUGCUGAGAGAACCACCAUUGCCCAGCAUGUGAAAGGAAAAAGAGUGUGGAUUGGCAUUAAAAAGCUUCUCAUGCUUAUUGAGAUGUCUCUGCAGAUGGACCAGGCGUACAGAGUCAGCAAGUUCCUCUCUCUACUCAAAGACGAGGGAGCAGAUCGUGGUUUCUACGAGUAACAGAAGAGAGGAGAGAGGGAUGCCCACCCUGUUCCUCCCAACUGCAUGUUCCCCUGGCAACUACGAGAAAACUCCACCAAAACAACACCCUCACAAUACUGAUAACCUGACGGAGAUCACACAGUUGUCCCUCAUAUCUACGUCUUGUGCUUUGUGCAAUAUUUCUGUACGCUGUUUGUUUACAUGAAUAUCCGUUUCGAUCUACUCGAAGCCAUGAAGAUGUAAAAAAUCUGAUUUAAAAAAAAUGUGUAUAUGCUGCUGGAUGCAGAACAUAUAUAGCAAAUCUAUAUCAUGCAACAUGUGAAUCUCUAAGUAGGAUAUAAGAAAGCUGUUGGUGUGUGUAUAUACCGUAGUGAAGAUGAGCUGUGCUGUUCGUAGUGUGCAUAUGCUGAACCCUUCCUUUGUGAUUGUGGUAACACAAGAAAACAACAUAUAGAUCACAGUGUUAUUUGAUAUUGUACAUAGGUCCAAAAUAUGACAAUUCGAUUUGUUUCAUUUGUUUCAGAUUUAUGUAGAUUUAGUUUACAAUGUCGGAGCUGGAAAUAUAUAGUAUAUCUAUGUAAACUAGUGUUGGAGAAGCCAGCACUUUGAGAACAAUCUUGAUCACUUCUACAGUGUAUUGAUAAUCUGUUGUGGUCACUACAUGAGUGUCUGUUGGUGUGUGUGUGUGUGUGUGUGUGUGUUUGUGUGAGUGAGUGAGUGAGUGAGUGAGUGAGGGAGUGUAUCAACAAAAGGCUACAGAUCAGCUUUCGAGUGAACUCAUUUGUGUGGCUGUAUGUAUCUGUGUAAGUGUAGUGUGGGUAGAUAUUGUUUUUGAAAUGAAUAUUCAUGACAAUGUUGUUUUAUGUAUUUAUUUUUUUGCCUGCCCAUUCAUUCAUAUGGUUUCUGUGACCAGUGUUCAAUGUCCAGAGCUCUUUGAUCUGUUAUGACUAUUGGAGAUGUACGGCCAGAUGCAAAAUUGUGUUACUGCAAAAAAAAAAAAAAAAACAGGCUCUCAGUAAGAGUUCAGGCA